CGGGAGAUGACUGUAGACAUUUGAUCUUUUUGAGGCGACUAAGACGCGUCAGAAGUCGGACUAGAGCGGUGUGGGACCGACGGACCAGUUGUCGCAAGAUGUAACGAGACGCGGGCGCUUCUUAUGGCCCGUGGUGUUCUGAGGCGAUUCAAUGAUGAACUGGAAGGAGUCGUCCAUUGGGAAGGUAGAAGAGGCCUAAUUCGGGAGCGCUCUCUUUUAUAAGGACAAAAAUCAAUGACUGUAGAAAACGCUCAAAGGCCUUUCUGUGGUGUGACCGUGACCAGAUUUCUUUUUUCCCGAGCGAGCCUAUUUUGUGGCAGAAUCUGGGACUUCUUUGGCCAUUUUUAUAUCCGAUCGAGCGAUGGCAACGGGCCCGAUCCAGAUCUCCAUCUCUCAGCAACCCCGGUGUCCCUUCAAAAUGUCCGCUGAUUUACUGAAUGCACGGGAACUGGAAUGCCCAGGACGCCGCUCGCUGAAACAUACCGCUUACGCGCAUGUGCUGAUGCGCGUUCACACGCAGGUUUUUUAUCCGGAAUUCACUCCGCAGAACUGUGCCACGUUUUCCUACUUUGGCCAAGUUGUCUUGUGUGUCCAAGAGCGGAUCAUGUGCAGUUCCAAAGAUGCAUGUCCUGUCUCAACCAAAUCUCUGCGAAAUACA